CCAGGCAUCACACUGCUCCCUCCUCCCCAGGCCGAACUGAUGAGCAGCCUCAUUGAGUACUGCAUUGAACUGAGCCAGGUGGCUGAGCCCACAGGCCCCCAGGACAGUGCGACAGGCCCGCCCUCAGACCCCAGCUCCUCACCGGCUCCUGUUCAGCGCCCCAAGCUGCGGAGGCAGGGCAGCGUGGUGUCCAGCCGGAUCCAGCAUCUCUCCACCAUCGACUACGUGGAGGACGGCAAGGGGAUCAGGCGAGUGAAGCCGAAGCGCACCACGUCCUUCUUCAGCCGGCAGCUGUCCUUGGGCCAGGGGAGCUACACCGUGGUGCAACCCAGCGACAGCCUGGAGCAGGGCUGAGGACACCGCACCCGGCAGGAGGAGGGCAACUGGGGGCCCUGGCCCGGCACUGUCCUCCUGAGGGGCAGGGGCUGGCUGCAGCAGUCUCACGGGUCAUGCACAUGGGGUGGGCUGCCUCAGCAGAUUUCUCAGACCACAGAGAAGUGACUGGCCCCGGGCUGUGCAAAGCUGGCCAGGGUCUUCCGCAGGGCCCCUCUGCAGCCUGCCCACCCUUCCCCCAGACACUGGGCCCUGCUGCUAUCUCAGGACCAUCUGAUCAAGCUGCAGCUGCCACCUCACCUAGAAACAUGCCUUUGUGCCCACCUCAAGAUGGGCAGUGUCCCUGUUCCAAAGUACCCCGGUGGCAGCUCCAGUGGCAGAGGACCAAGGAUUGAGGUUUGGGACCUGAAGGUCCAGUGUGUGCCUUUGACCUCUUCCCUGAACUUGGGUGACCAGUCCCCGCCUUCCUCCUGCUAGUGCUCCACCCCCUGCACUUGGAUGACCAGUUUCCUGCCUGCCUUCUGCUGGUGCUCCACCCCCGGCCACCGGGGCCACCUGCCAGGCUGGGCCACCACUCUGAGGAGGGUGGGAGGGGCCUCUCUGGAUUGAACCAGGACAGAAACAUGGUGAGGGCCCCCACCACACCUCCCUAGUUGAAUCAGGAAUGGAGGGAGCCAGGCAGGACCCUACCUGGGGUCCUGUGCCCCUCGUUCUGGGUCUCCUUUGCAGGCACAAGACACCAGAAGGAGCAUGCCUUUCUGGUAGUCUUUGGUGAUGUCACUGCUGGGAGGUGGCUGUCCUGUGGACCACCUGGCCUCCAGACCCACACUCACAGUCUGAAAAAGUCCUGAAAAUCCCCGGGUGGGCACUCCCUGGAGCCCAGGCAGCUCCCCUAGCGGACUGGCCAGACCUGCCCUCUCCUCCCCGUGUCUGGGUCUUCAGGUUUCAGUUUGGUCUUUGGUCAUUUGAGUUGUGCCGGGGCAACGCCAGGAAGCCCCAUGGGUAACCUCUGCUGCGCGCUCCUUCCCAGGCGGCACCAUGGAUUCCUCUGGGGCCAGUGCAUGCCCAGAAAAGCCUGGGCUACACAAGACAGUCUCUUUCUCGAGGACACUUGGAAAGAUGACUUGAAUGUGGGUGCUUGGCUUCUCUGGUCCCAGCUUGCCCUCCGGGCAGCAGGGGCUCUGUCUUGUCCCAGAUGAGCUGAGCCCGAGAGGAGGGCUUUCCCAGCCCUGGGACCCUCCGAGGUGGGUGUGCGGGUCUCACAGGUGCUUCCUGGGACUUCCUGUGGCAGCACAGGGCUUGCCUUUGUCUUCUGUUCCCGGUGGAAAGCCAUGGGAGAGGAAGCUUCUCCAAGUAUCCGAGCCCGUUCACCCUCCUCUCUUUGGUAGCUUGUGAAUGUGCCAGGUGUUUUGAGGUGGGCUUGCCUUCCGGCAGCAUGGACUUUGUUAAAAUAAUAGGCGGAAAGAAGAGGCCUGGGAAGUGCCCCUAGUCUAUUGGAAUGUCCUGGCCACAGGGUCAUGUCAGCUGCCAGUUCUCGUCUCCCCUCCCGGAGUUGCUCGGUCUCACCAAGCCGCCUGCCCACCUGUUCUGGCGGCUCCAGUGCAGGUUGUCCCAGCCCCACUGCUUUGAUUC